UCCCACUCAACCUUUCAAUUAUUUAUACUCUCUCACCACUGCAACAUUUUCUCCAUCUUUUCUUACUUAUUUUCAAUGGAGGGAAACUCAAGAAGAAGAACUAUUUUAUUUUUCUUUACCUUCGCCAUUUCCCUCUCUCUCUUCACCAUCGCAGCUUCACUCGAUUACCAAACUCUCGUCGUCAACUCACUCCCCGGCCACCCCACUCUACAAUGGACCGACGAACCCGACUCGGAAACCCUAGCCGCUUCCGAGUCAGAAACUCCCGACUCCGCCACUUUCUCCGUUCAGUUGCACCACAUAGACGCAUUGUCCUCCAACUCCACUCCCGACUCCCUCUUCGCCACCAGGCUUGAACGGGACGCUACACGUGUCAAUGCUAUAUCAUCUCUCGCUCAAUCUGCAGCAGCCGGUGGACCCGUCGGAACUGGAUUUAGUAGCUCAGUUAUCUCCGGUCUGGCUCAAGGCAGCGGCGAGUACUUCACGCGCAUAGGCGUUGGUACGCCUGCCAGAUAUGUAUACAUGGUGCUCGACACUGGAAGCGACAUCGUUUGGAUCCAGUGUGCUCCGUGUAAGAAAUGUUACUCUCAGUCCGACCCGGUUUUCGACCCGAGGAAAUCUAGAUCUUUUGCUGGGAUUCCCUGUGGGUCACCGUUGUGUCACCGCCUUGAUUCUCCGGGUUGUAACACUCAGAAACAGACGUGUAUGUAUCAAGUUUCUUACGGCGACGGUUCUUUUACUUUUGGCGACUUCUCCAGCGAAACGCUGACGUUUCGUCGUACUAGAGUUGCACGCGUCGCGCUAGGAUGUGGCCACGACAAUGAAGGGCUGUUCGUCGGCGCUGCUGGUUUGUUAGGACUUGGACGUGGGAGGUUAUCGUUUCCUUCACAAACCGGUCGCCGGUUCAACCGGAAAUUUUCUUACUGUUUAGUAGACCGGUCUGCUUCUUCCAAACCGUCUUCUAUGGUUUUCGGGGACUCGGCGGUUUCCCGAUCCGCUCUGUUCACUCCGUUGGUGUCUAACCCUAAGCUGGAUACUUUUUACUACGUCGAUCUCCUUGGGAUUAGUGUGGGUGGGACACGUGUCCCUGGUAUUACCGCUUCUUUGUUUAAACUUGACAAUACCGGCAAUGGCGGUGUUAUAAUUGAUUCCGGUACAUCCGUUACCCGUUUGACCCGACCCGCGUAUAUUGCUUUAAGGGAUGCGUUCCGAUCCGGAGCUUCGACUUUGAAGAAGGCACCGGAGUUUUCACUGUUCGACACGUGUUUUGAUCUGUCUGGAAAAACGGAGGUGAAAGUUCCGACGGUGGUUUUGCACUAUCGCGGUGCAGACGUGUCUUUGCCGGCGUCGAAUUACCUGAUUCCUGUGGAUAGUAACGGGAGCUUCUGCUUUGCUUUUGCGGGUACGAUGAGCGGGCUGUCAAUCAUAGGAAAUAUCCAACAACAAGGAUUUAGGGUCGUUUAUGAUUUAGCGGGUUCACGGGUCGGAUUCGCACCGCGGGGAUGCGCGUAAUCAUCACCCGUUGUGGUGGUAAGAGAACUUCUUUUUUCUUUAAUUUUUGCUAGGAUUAUCAAGUCUCAGUAGUUGUUUGUUUACUUGUUGUAUUAAUUAACUUAUCCAAUUUGUUAACUAAAAAAGAAGGGUAAAAUAUCCCAUUAUAAGUGCAAAUUUUAGUUUCAUUUUAAAACUAAUUGCCAUUGAA